AUGAGCGGGACCGGAGCGCGGAUCGACUACAGCGCCUGGGAUCACAUCGACGUUUCAGACGACGAUGACGUCACCAACCCGUACGUCGACACACCGAGUUUGUUUCGGAUGAGACAUCGGGUCCGUCUGGAGAAGAUGGCUGCAUUCCAGCAGAGGGGAGAAGACCUGGAGAGCAACCUGAACGAAUGCAGCAAGCUCCUGGAGGAGGCCCAGGAACGGCUUCAAGUGAUAAAAGCAAGGAAUGAGGUGGAUGAGGCUGAACUAACCAAGAUCCGGGCUGAAGUGAAGAAAAUGAGCAAGGACAAAAGACAGUUUGAGAAGAUGCUGGAAGAACACAAGAAUCAGGAGAAAAGACUUCCCUGGAAUGUGGACACCAUCAGCAAAGAGGGAUUUAGCAAGAGUAUUGUCAACAUGAAGCCUAAAGAAGAGACACAAGAGGAACAAGUAGAGAAGCACAAGAACUUUGUGGAGAAAUACGCCAAGGAAAUAAGACACUUUGGAAUGUUGCGGCGCUAUGAUGACAGCCAGAAGUAUCUGUCGGACAAUCCUCAUCUCGUGUGUGAGGAGACGGCGAACUGCCUCGUGGUUAUCUGUAUUGAAUAUGAGGUCGAUGAGAAGCACGCUCUGAUGGAACAAGUGGCCCACCAGUCCAUAGUCAUGCAGUCCAUCUUGAAUUUGGGCCGAGCGUUAAAGCAGGACCCCCGAAGCUGCUUCAGACAGUUCUUCUCAAGUAUGAAGAGUGCCGACCGGUCGGCCCGUGACGCGUUGGAGCGCGAGCUGGAGCUGUUGAAGGAGCGUGUGCAAAGCUGUGCCAGGAUGAGGAUGGAGGAGGCCAGAGAGGACUUGGAGGAGGAGGAAAAGCUUAAAAGAUUGGGCCCUGGUGGUCUUGAUCCUGUCGAGGUGUACAAGUCGUUGCCCAAGGACAUACAGAGGAGCUUCGAUGAGAAGAACGUGGAGAUGCUACACGAGGCCAUCAACAAACUGCACCCUGAUGAGGGCAAGUAUCACCUAUCGAGGUGCAUUGACUCUGGGCUGUGGGUGCCUGAGUCUGGAGGGGAUGAAGACGAUGAGGAAGAAGAGGAGGAGGAAGAGAGAGGUGAUCCGGGGGAGGGUGGGAAGCUGGUAUUCAUGAAGACGCAGAGCGUUUGUGACACAUGCACGGCUCGUCUGCAGGCAGCCAGCGACCGCGAGGAGGAGGAGGAAGAGGAGAACUGGCCCGCCUUCAUCUGGACGCCAUCAAGAUGCCCGCAUGUAUGUCACUGUGUCACCAUCCUCCUCCUCCUCACCUCGCAGUGUGUUUAUGAUGAUGCAGACGAGUUGACCCCAUGUGUGCGAGGAUGA